GGGCUGUGCAGAAAGCAGUGCAUUUAAAACCGCCCAGGGAAGACACCGCAUUUACGAGGCUAGUUUUGUUUUUUUGCUGCCUCCCUCCCUCCCUCUUCGCCCCGGGUUGACUCUGUCCGGACAGCUAUGACUUGGUGGAGAGGAAUGCAGCACCGGUUCACCUGAGCGCGUGCGUUUUUCUUUUUAACCCCAUCAAACACUUACUCUGCUACUUUUUAUUUCACUUAAUUGGAUGCCGUGUCGGACUGCUGCUGCUGCUGCUGCUGCUGAAAGACACAGGAGGACUCUUGCUUGUGUCAACUUGUUUGCCUUAAAAUAAAGAGACGCAAGGUUAUGUAGGUAGGCGCUGCUGUGGGAUACACCUCCGCCCCGCUGUUUACAUGUUGUAAUUGGAUUUUCCAUCAUUUCCAGCAGCAGAAGCAGCACCAGCACCACCACCAGCAGCAGUAGUAGUAGUAGCAGCUCGGGGUUUCCUCCCUCCUCCUCCUCCUCUUGUUCUUCCUUCUCCUGUUGGGAGCGUUUUGCCGGGUGCUGGUGGUGGUGGAGAAGAAGAUGGGACUACCUGCUCUGGAGUUCAGUGACUGCUACCUGGACAGCCCGCAGUUCAGGGACAGACUCAAGUCCCAUGAGCUGGAGCUGGACAAGACCAACAAGUUCAUCAAGGAGCUGAUUAAAGAUGGCAAGGCGCUGAUCCAGGCUUUGAAAAGUCUGUCAACGGCCAAGAGGAAGUUCGCCGACUCGCUCAAUGAGUUUAAAUUCCAGUGUAUUGGAGACGCUGAGACGGAUGAUGAGAUAUGCAUAGCCAAGUCUCUUCAGGAGUUUGCAGCGGUGCUACAGAACCUGGAGGAUGAGAGGACACGGAUGAUCGAGAACGCCAAUGAUGUGCUGAUUAUGCCUCUGGAGCGGUUCAGGAAAGAACAGAUCAGUGCAGCUAAGGAAGCCAAGAAAAAAUAUGACAAGGAGACAGAGAAGUAUUGUGCAGUGCUGGAGAAGCACCUUAGCCUCUCAGCAAGGAAGAAAGAGGCACAUCUACAUGAGGCGGACAACCAGGUGGAUAACGUACGGCAGCAUUUCUACGAGGUCUCCCUGGAGUACGUCUUCAAGGUGCAGGAGGUCCAAGAGAGGAAGAUGUUUGACUUUGUGGAGCCUCUGUUGGCGUUCCUCCAAGGCCUGUUCACCUACUAUCACCAUGGCUAUGAGCUGGCAAAGGACUUCAACCACUUCAAGACUGAUCUCACCAUCAGCAUACAGAAUACGAGGAACCGCUUUGAGAGCACACGGUCGGAGGUGGAAAGCCUGAUGAGGAAGAUGAAGGAGAAUCCACAUGAACACAAGAGUGUCAGCCAGCACACCAUGGAGGGAUAUCUGUUUGUGCAGGAGAAGCGCUCCUUUGUAUCUACCUGGGUGAAGUACUACUGCACGUAUCAUCGUGAGCCCAAAAGGGUCACCAUGGUCCUGUUUGACCCUAAAUCAGGAGGAAAAACGGGCGAAGAGGAGAGCUUCAUCCUCAAGUCAUGCACCAGGAGGAAGACGGACUCCAUAGAAAAAAGGUUCUGCUUUGAUGUGGAGGCUGUGGACAGGUCGGGCGUAAUCACCAUGCAGGCUCUGUCAGAAGAAGACCGCAGGUUGUGGAUGGAGGCCAUGGAUGGGAGAGAACCGGUAUACAAUCUGAACAAAGACAACCAGGCUGAAGGCAUGGCCCAGCUGGAUGUGAUCGGGUUCAACGUGAUGAAAAAAUUCAUUUACGCAGUGGAGACUCGAGGUAUCGAUGAUCAGGGCCUGUACAGACUCGUUGGCGUCAACUCCAGAGUACAAAAACUACUGAGCCUUGCUAUGGAUCCCAAAACGUGCGCUGACGUGGAGCUAGAAAACCCAGAGUGGGAGAUCAAGACGAUCACGAGUGCUAUCAAACAUUAUCUCAGAGUGCUGCCCGCUCCUCUCAUGACGUAUCAGUACCAGAGGAGCUUCAUCAAAGCUGCCAAGUUGGAUAACCAAGAGGCCCGAGUGACAGAGAUCCAUGCGCUGGUGCACCGGCUGCCUGAGAAGAACAGACAGAUGCUGGAGCUGCUGAUGAAACACCUGGCCACAGUGGCCAGUCACCACCAGCAGAACCUGAUGACCAUCGCCAACCUGGGUGUGGUCUUCGGGCCGACUCUGCUCCGCCCGCAGGAGGAGACGGUGGCAGCCAUCAUGGACAUCAAGUUCCAGAACAUUGUAGUGGAGAUCCUCAUUGAGCACCAUGACAAGAUAUUCAGGGACAUGCCAACUUCGGCAGGCGGUCCGACCAACAUGCAGCUCAACCUGUCCAGGAGGAGAAGCACAGAGAGCAAAGCCCCGUCCUGCAGCGAGAGGCCUCUCACACUCUUCCACACACCAACACAUUCCCAGAAAGGUGAAAAGAAGAACAGUCUUGUCAACGCCACAGUUGCCGAGCUGCCGCAGCCGGUUUCCUCCUCGGCCAACUGUAACAGCAGCAGCAGUAGCAGCAGCAGCAGCCAAGGUCGAACCCCAAGACACAGCCUGACCAGCAAUGACGGAGAGCAAGACACCCGGCAGAUCCGGCCCAGCUCACUGCUGAACCCAAAGAGUCGUGGCAGCAUACCAACCAGCACAAUGUCUCCCAGCCCCACCUCCCCGCGCUCUCCCUCCUGGCCGAUGUUCUCUGCCCCAUCAAGUCCUCAGCCGACGUCCUCCGCCUCCAGUGACUCCUCCCCCGUCAGUAUCGCGGGCAGGAAGGCUCGGGCGCUGUAUGCCUGCAAGGCAGAGCAUAACUCAGAGCUGUCCUUCAUCGCCGGGACCAUCUUUGAGAAUGUUCAUGCCUCCAGGGAGCCCGGUUGGCUGGAGGGGACUCUGGAUGGCCGAACAGGAUUGAUACCAGAAAACUAUGUGGAGUUCUUAUAGUCCAGGGCAGAGACAAAGACUUGAAGUGGACGAUACUGGACUGGAGUUGACCAAACUGGACCCUAGAGGACUAGAUUUGACUGCACAGGACUGAACAAACUCAAAUAGGUCGUAUAUCAUACUGGACUGGACCAUUGUUAAUGAGGCCUCUCUUGUCCUGACUGAACCGGGAAUUGAAACUGGACCAAGAAGAAUCAUAUGGAAUGGAUAUAACGCAGGACCGAAGUAGAGACCCUUGGAUUGCACUGGAAAAAAAAAAAAAAAAAGAUGAGUUCCGCUGUGGUUCCGGCUGUUAUUGGAUUAGUGUGGAUGACUUCCCAAGUCCUGGUGAGAUGAUGUGGUAAUGAACCUGGAAUGUGUGUGAGAGAAAAAAGUGGAGGGGUUUGAGAAAAUCACAUGUAUGAAUGAGUUGAAAUUGAGGCUGAGCUGUGAGGCUUCUCAGCCCUUGCUUUAUUACUUUGAACUGCACUGCCAUAUCUUCAGAAUCUCCUCUUUUUAUCAGCUAGAAAUUAAAAAAAAAAAAAAAACAUGUGGAGAUGAUGGAGAUGAUGACAGGGAGCAAGACUAAAAGCAAAUUGCUUUUUUACUUUGGACUUGCUAGUUCACCUUCUCACUGUGCGCUGUUUGAAUGAUUGCUAAUCCCACUGGGGGGACUGGAGUUUUUAAAGCCGAUUUAAAUGAUUGGGUUAGGGUUGUAUGGCUAUAAAUGUGUUUGGGAGCAAUUGCUGUGGCGGUCCCGUAAUUCCCCAGGACAAGACUCAACCUUGCUAAUGUUUCAGAUGUCCAGGUCAGAAGCAGGAGCCCUGGGGCAGAUCAGCACAGGGUGAGGUUGCCUCAAAACAGUUCGCCAAAAGGUCAGCGUUGGGUUUAUCCUUAUUUAUAAUGCCUCUCCCUGCAGAGCCCUCACAAAAAAUGUGAAAAAUUUCAAACAAGCUCCCCAAGCUGGUCAGGGGUUCACAAUACAGCAGAGGAGCUACAACUGAUUCCUGCUGGUUAAAACAAGUCCAGAUGUGAAGCCUUGCACUGCUACCCCAGCUUAGAUGCUUUUUGAUUGUUGGAAAUAAUUGGAUCCAGUGUGGAACAUAGUGUUGAGUCAUGUUCCCAGAAUUUCAAGAUGUCGUAUUUUUCAAACCACUAUUGUUAUUUUUCAACCUUAUUCGACAAAAACGUAUAAUUGAUCACAUGUAUUUCUAUGAAGCCUGGACCUUUCUCUCCUAGUUUUAACCGUUAUGCCAAUUCAAUGCUAAUAAUGUAAAUAUCUGAGGAGGCAAUUAAAUUUGGAACUGGGGUUUACAAGCCAAGGCUGUCAUAAAAUGUAGAUGUGGAUUUUAGAGAAGCUAAGACAUUUGAAAAAAAGAAAAUCAGUAUGUUUUACCAGAAUUGCUCAGAUGUGUAUAUGCAAGCUGGUCUGCUUUGGGGCUCCAAUGAAUGUCCUCAUUUCAUGAGUCGAGGCUGAACAACUUGGAGAUCUGUAUUAAAGUAUAUCAUUGAAUUGAAUAUGUUCUGUUAGGGCAGAAUAUUGAAAGACCAUUUAGCAUUUUAACAGGAAAAUCAAAUGGGAGAGUACAAAAGAAAAAAACUUAAAUGUGAAAAGAGACUACUUUGUUCAUAUCUGAACUUCUUAUUUAUGAGAGUUUCUGAAAGGCUCAAUCCUGAACUGUAUUCAUUUUGAGGUGUUUUAUUGACAUUGUAAAUAAAUACACAGCAUUUGAUAAGGUAUAAUUUUUUUAAGUAUGAAAUUUUAUAUUUUGUAUUUUUAGAAUACUAACUUAAUUCCUUAAUUCCAUCCUUGUUGCCCAGAUUUUUGUAUCAUUUAAGUCUAUCUACAGCCUUAAAUAUUCUUUCAGAUGUUUUGGUGAAUUGAUAAGAUUGUGCAGAAUUAAAGAUAAAUGUUCAACGGCUGUA